CUUUUCCUUUCAUUUCCUCGUUGAUAUCCAUUAUUUGUUAUAUCCAUUUGUCCUUAUCUUUCAUAUUCCUUUAAAUACUCUUCGAUUGUUCAAUCAUGAGAGAAGCCGUAAUACUUACCACAUGUCUACUGGGUAUCGUGUUCGCUGGAAGUCCUAGACUACCCAGGACCUCUGCUGAUGAACGUAAUACCCGCAAUGUUAGUAACAAUGGAGGCAACAUCACUGGAAACACGAUACCGGUACCUAGCCGCAAUUCUCAACGAAAUAGAGAGCAAUACCUCUUCAAUGUUUUCGAAGUAAUAGUUUCGACAUUGGAAUCGAAAUUACAACGAAUCGAAAACUUGGAUAAGGCGGUAGAACAUUUGAUGAGAAGAGUGGAAGCUUUGGAUUCACGUGUCAAUGAUAAUAUUGAUAAAACUGAUGCGGUUAUUACGAAGUUAAGAACAUUAGAUCUAAAGCUUUUCAAUUCUCAUACAAUUGAAUUUUCUUCAACUGAAUCUGCAUUUUCGGCAAGAACGAUCGAUGAUAAAAACGACAGUGAAAUUAGAAGUGGCUCGAAAUUGCAAUCGAUUCAUCAAAAACGAGAGAAUCCAUCGUCGGAAACUCUUGGGGAAAAAUUAUUAUCGCUCGAUCAAAAAGUAUCGGAUAUAGAUAAUAAAUUGAUCGAUUUGAAACACCAGUUGGAUAAUAAUUUUUUACAAAAUGACGACAUAAAUGCUGAAGCCAGUGAAAAGAAGCCGAUUAGCAUGAGUGUAAUUGAAAUAACAAAAGCGAUGAGCAACGAAAUAAUAAAUCACAUUACGAUCGAGAUAGAAAAUUUAAGGCAAGCGACCAAUAAUAUGGACAGGAAAUUACAAUUCCACGUCAAUUUAGUCUCUGAUCGUUUGGGAACCAUUUAUAACAUGAUGACAGAUGUGCACGAUGCGAUAUUAGUAAGAGGCACUACUAAUACUCGGUCACCGUUCAACAUCACAACAACAACUACCGAACCACCUCCAAAGCAAAGUAAAAUAGAUCGACUCGUCGAGCAAAUGUAUCCAAUGUUGACCGUUUCGGAAAAAAUGGACGAAGUUUGGAAUAUUGUAGUUGGUACAAAAAGUUCCGUGGACGAUCUUUUACCAAAAUCUGAUGAAUUACUUACGCAAACACAAAGACAGGAAAGAGCGAUUAAUGAAAUUCAUACGGAUUUAAGAUUGAAAACAAACAAGAUUAUUGAAAAUUUGGAAGGAGUUGAGAAUAGAUUGCGGAAGCAGGAGGAUGAUGUUGCUAAUUUUGCCCAGCGUCCAAUUCCUGCAGAAUUGCUCCUCGAUCCUACGAUCGAUCGUCUGGUUGAAUAUGAUUCGAACAGAUAUGUUGGUCUCACCGAUGACAUCCCAGGAGAAACAACCGUACCACCAGUGAAUCCAACUACGAUCGUUUCAUCGGUGUCGAUGUCCAUUUCUUCCUCGACUUCGUCGAAUACCAUGUCGCUCAAUAAUUUCAACAAUUCGACUAAUGUUACUGGUUUUGCAAAUUUCUUUAAUUCUACUGCCAAUCCUGGAAUAUCGUCACCUUCGAGUUCACAACGAUCCUCGUCCAAAAAUCGUGGAGUUAUAUUUCCAAGUGUCAAAAACAAACCAAGUCCAGCAAAUUCAACAUUUAACACAGAUGGAUUUCUUAGUUACAAAGAUGUUAAGGGUUACUCGUGCGUUGAUUUAUUAAAUGCAGGAAUGAGAGAUAGCGGUGUUUAUUACCUUCAAAUUCGCGGAACAACUUACUGGUUUCUCAAGGUUUAUUGUGAACAAGAUAUUGCUGAAGGAGGUUGGACAGUCAUUCAAAGAAGAGAUGAUUUUGGAGAGCCAAGAGAAAAUUUCAAUCGAGAUUGGGCGGAUUAUAAAAAUGGUUUUGGUGAUCCUGCUCGAGAGUUUUGGCUUGGUAAUGAAAAUAUAUAUAUGUUAACGAAUAACGAAGAUUACAUGCUCAGAGUAGAACUUGAAGAUUUUGAAGGUAACAAAAGAUAUGCGCAAUAUUCUCACUUCAAAAUUUAUUCAGAAGCAGAAUAUUACAAAUUAGAAAUUGACGGUUAUGAUGGAAAUGCCGGUGAUUCAUUGAAUGAUCCUUGGUAUGGUUCAAACAAUAGUCCCUUCUCCACAUAUAAUAGGGAUAAUGAUAGAUCAUCGUUGAAUUGUGCUUCCAUGUUGAAAGGUGGAUGGUGGUGGAAAUCUUGUGGACGAGGAUUAAAUGGUCUUUAUUUGAAUGAUCCUCAGGAUUUAACUGCUCGACAAGGUAUCGUAUGGUUCCGCUGGAGAGGUUGGGAUUAUACUUUGAAACGUGCUACGAUGAUGAUUAAACCGAAAGGACCAACAACAAUAACGAUAUAGAGGCUUACAUAAAUUUUUCUAGAAGAAUUAUAAUACGUUUGUAGCAUUUCGUAUCAAUGAACACAAUUUCUUACAAGUUACCAAAUAUGUA